AUGACUCAACUCAAGCUUGCCAAAACUCCUGAAGAAAUGAAAUACCCUUUGUUAGAUUGGGAUAAAUUUCCAAACUUCGGAGAGAUUAAGUCGUCCCCUGUCGUGCCAGCGUUUGAUUUGUUGGUAAAGCGAGUUGAAGCGGAAUUUAAGAAGAGAGAAGAUGAAUUCACACCAAGUUGGGAAGGAACCAUGGGACUAAUUGAAGAUCUUGAGGAUGAUGUAUUUCGCGCGUAUAAUAUUGUUUCGCAUCUAAAUGGCGUUUGUAAUUCCGAAGAACUUCGCAAAGCUAUAGAAGUCAUUGAAGCUAAGAAUACAAAACUGGUGCUUUUAAUGAACCAAUCACCCAAGAAAUACAACGCACUGACUGCUCUUGUCUCCAGUCCUUCAUUUUCCAACUUGAAUCAAACGCAACAAAGAAUAAUUAAUAAAACAAUUCAGGAAAUGCAGCUUGCUGGUGUAGGUCUACCGGAAGGUUCUCCGGAGAAGAAUCGAUUUAACGAAAUCAAGGAGAGGUUAUCUCUUCUGAAUCUUAAAUUUCAAAACAACGUGUUGGACUCUACGAAGGCAUUUAAAGAAAUUGUGAAUGACAGGAAGGAAUUGGAAGGGUGUUCAGAGCGUCUUUUGAAAUUAAUGGCUGGGACAGCUAAAAAAGAAGGCAUUGGUGAUGGCGAUUUUGUCAAAGGGCCUUGGGUGGUGACUUUGGAUCAACCCGUCUAUGUUCCAUUUAUGAUGUUAUGUAGUAACCGUCCUCUCAGAGAAAAGGUUUAUCGAGCGUAUGUGACAAGAGCAUCUUCUGGUGAAACUAAUAAUGAACCUGUAAUAAACGAGAUUCUUAAACUUCGUAAAGAGGAAGCAAAGCUUCUCGGCUAUGAUAAUUACGCUUCCGUAUCGCUAGCUCAAAAAAUGGCGGCAAAGCCUUCGACGGCCAACGCUUUAAUCAGGGACCUUAUCGAAGCUUCCUCUCCUGCAGGUAAACGAGAAAUUGAAGAACUCACCGUUUUUGCCAGGGAUACUCUCGGGCAUCCUAUACCUCUUGCGCCAUGGGACAUUAGCUAUAUCAGUGAACAAUACCGUAAACACGUGUUGAGAUUUUCCGAAGACGAUAUUGCACAAUACUUUAGUUUUGACAAAGUAAUUGGUGGAUUAUUUUCUUUCGUCGAGGAGGUUUUGAACGUCAAAGUUGAUGAAAUUAAUCAAAAGGAAGAAGGAAUAAGUACAUGGAAUGAAGAUGUUAAGGUAUUUAGGCUUGCUGAUAAGAAUAGUGGGGAAACGCUUGCUUACUUUUACGGCGAUUUCUACUGCCGAAUAGAAGAAAAACGUUCUGGCGCAUGGAUGGACAUGUUAUGCACAAGAUAUAAAAAUCCAAAGACGGGGGAAGUCAGACUUCCCGUUGCAUAUUUGGUUUGCAACCAACCUCCACCAUCUAAAUCUGGACCUCCAUCGACAAUGACAUUUUCCGACGUCAAAACUGUGUUCCAUGAGUUUGGUCAUUGUCUUCAACACUUGUGUACGACUGUUGAUUAUUUUCAAGCGUCUGGAAUUAAAGGAAUUGAAUGGGAUUUUGUGGAGGUAGCCUCACAAUUUAUGGAAAACUUCUGUUACGAGCAAGAAUGGGUAGCACGUCUCUCUGCCCAUCACGUAUCGGGAGACCCAAUGCCACAGGAUAUGGUCGAUUCUCUCGCCAAACGUCGAACAUUCUUAGCUGCAACGGCUAUGCUAAGACAGCUUCGUUUUGCAUCUAGUGACUUGGCUUUAUAUUCGACUUUUCCACUAUCGGAUAGUGAUGCUAAACAGAAGACUGUUUUUGAUCUUGACAGAGAAAUAUCAGAGCGUAUUCUUGUCGUUCCUCUUAUUCCUGAAGAUAGAUUUUUAUGUGGCUUCUUGCAUAUUUUCGGAGGAUCGUAUGCGGCCGGAUAUUAUAGCUAUAAAUGGUCAGAGGUAUACUCUGCUGAUGCGUAUGCUGCUUUUGAAGAAGCGGCGGAAGGUUUGACAGGGAAAGAAAGGAUUGAUGCGAUAGUGCGGACUGGAAAAUUAUAUCGAGAGACAGUGUUAUCACUUGGUGGGGGAACACAUCCGGCAGAAGUAUGGAAACUAUUUAGAGGACGUGAAUCGGCGGAUAUCAAACCCUUGUUGAGACAUGCAGGAUUGAUUGCGUGA